AUGGACCAGCGAUUGUGGUGCGUUCAUAGGGCAGCCACUAUUGGCGGUUGUUUCGCGAUAGUGCUUGUGUGUCUGCUGAGCACGUCCCGCCCGGUCGAAGGCCUACGCUGUCGCACAGGCGAAGGUCCGAGUACAGAGGAUGUGAAGCGAAUUGUCCGCACGUGUCUAAAUAAGAUAACGAAUUCUGGAUCGGAAAAUCGGACCAGUGAUGAGUAUCCGGACUACGAUUCAUCGGCAUCGGAUGAAUCGAACGAGGACAAGGACAACGAUGAUGGUGGACGGCAGAAUACAAACAACUGGCAAGGAUCGAAACAGUCGUAUUACGAUCGGCGAUACGAUGGAACCGAACGGGGUAAUAAUGGACGAACGAAUCGACCGGAAGAAAAUGGCAGACGACAGCAGAUGGACCGCAGAGACCAACGCAACGGUGAUGACCGCAAUGGACGUUCGCGAAUAAAUGAGCGUGGACGGACGGAUCGGAAUGAGGAGGAGCAACAGAUGAUGCGUGACUACGGAAGAAGUUACCGCCGACGCAAACGCCAACAAUACUAUGGAGGUCAAGGUACGACUUCCGGUGCUGGGGGUGAGUAUUCGAGCUAUGGACGCUCACCACCACAAUUUGGAGAGACGGUAGCUGGCAAUGGAACGCGUGGUGGGAACUCUUCAUCGCUCGAGCGCGAUCGGGCCUGUCUGAUGCAGUGUUUCUUCGAGGAACUGAAAGCGACUAAUGCGGAAGGUUUCCCGGAGAAGCAUAAGGUACUGCACGUCAUCACGAAAGACAUUCGGGAGCACGAGUUGCGCGAGUUUUACGUUGAUUCGAUACAGGAAUGCUUCCACAUGUUAGGACUGGACAAUCGGUUGAAGGACAAGUGUGACUACUCGAUGCGGUUUGUGACGUGCUUGAGCGAUCGGUUCGAAUCAAAUUGUGACGAUUGGGAUACAGUGACAUCCGCUAUGUUUUAA